AGAUGAGCAUUCCAAGUGUGCUAGUUGUGCCAUAUCCAGCUCAAGGGCAUGUCAACGCCUUGAUGAUCUUCUCAAAAAAGAUGGUUGAGAAUGGUUGCAAUUGCAAGGUCAUUUUCUUGAACACUGACUUCAACCACAAGAGAGUGGUGAGUUCCAUGCAAGGGGACCAACAACAGCAAGGUGGAGAUGGAGAAGAACUCAUAAAGCUGGUCUCCAUCCCAGAUGGGUUGGGACCUGAGGAUGACAAAAUAGAUUUUGAGAAGCUAUAUCCUGCCCUUCUGAGUACCAUGCCUGCUAGCCUGGAGAAGCUCAUAGAGGACAUUCAUUUGAAUGGUGAAUAUAGAAUCACCUGCAUAGUUGCUGAUGUGCUCGUGGGAUGGGUGUUGGAUGUUGGGAGGAAGUUGGGGAUCAAUGGAGCUCUUUUUUGGCCUGCAUCUGCAGCUUUGUUUGCUUUGAUGUGCAAUAUUCCCAAGCUCACUCAUGAUGGGAUCAUUGACUCUGAUGGACUAUCAACCACUAAAGAAACAUUUCAAAUAUCACCAAGAAUGCCUGUGAUGGACAAAGGAGCCUUGUUUUGGUCGAAUUUCUAUGACUCAAAAAAUAUUUUAAAAAUACUAUUUAAUUACAUAAACCACUGCACAAAAAAAUUACACCAGACAGAGUGGUGGCUUUGCAACACUGCAUAUGAACUUGAACCAGGGGCAUUAUCAUUCAUUCCAAAGCUCCAACCAGUUGGCCCAUUAUUGAGUACAAGUCAUGACAACACAAAUGCAACAACAUCAAGAUCAAUGGGACAAUUCUGGAAAGAAGAUCUAUCCUGCAUGAGUUGGCUUGAUCAGCAACCUCAUCAAUCUGUAGUGUAUCUUGCUUUUGGUAGUUUCACACUUUUUGAACAAAACCAAUUCAAAGAACUAGCUCAUGGAAUUGACCUAACCAAUAGACCUUUUCUUUGGGUUGUGCGCCAAGAUAAUAACAUGGCAUACCCAAGUGAAUUUUUGGGGAGCAAAGGCAAGAUUGUUGAAUGGGCACCUCAGCAAAAAGUGCUUAAUCACCCUUCCAUAGCUUGUUUUGUUAGCCAUUGUGGUUGGAAUUCUACCAUGGAAGGUUUGUCUAAUGGGGUUCCCUUCUUGUGCUGGCCAUAUUUUGCUGACCAACUUUAUGACAAAACAUUUAUUUGUGAUGAGUUGAAGGUUGGUAUAGGAAUGGACUCGGAUGAAAAUGGUGUAGUGUCACGCUGGGAGAUAAAAAAGAAAGUGGAGCAACUGCUUAGUGAUGAGACAUUGAGAUCAAGGUCUCUGGAGCUGAAGGGGAGGUUAAUGAAGGACAUAGCUGAAGGAGGUCGAUCUUUAGAGAACCUCAGAAGGUUUGUUAAGUGGCUGGAACAUAAAGAAUGAGGAUUGGCCUUCAGUGCAUAUAUAUAUCUACUUUUGUAAUGAAUAAAUAAG